AUGAAUGAGGAGAAGAAUGACACAAAUAGAAGAAAGGCUGAAACAGAAGAGAAGAGAGCAGAAGAUCAAAAAUUAAAGGUGACAUUUGAGUGUGGGGAUUCGAUAUUGUUUCGCACUCAGCGUGUGAAUACGUUGUCGGAUUUGAAGAGUUUGAUAUUGAGCAAGUUCGGUGGUACAGAAGUGAGGGAGAUCGGAAGGGUGACGUAUAGGUUGCUGGCACCCAUGGGUAACGGAGUCUUCCGAUUUCGACUAUUCCGAUUUCAGGGGGACGAGCAUGUACAACUGAUGUUUGACAUUCAUGGGAGGAUCAUGGUGGAGCAGGUAAUGGAGCUCUCCGCCGAGGUGGGACAUAGAGGUCGCGGUGGUUCCUCAGACGAUGAUUACGUGGCGGACAGUGCGGACAGUGAUUCGUUUGAUGGUGGAGAUGAGGAUGAGUUUGUUCCGGAGACACCUGUCCAGACUGUGACGCGCCAUGUCUUGCCUCUACCUCACUCAAUUCCGUCGCUAUCGGCAGUGCCAAGUCACUAUCAUAGUCUGGAUCUGGACGCCAUGCAUGAGAGGACUCCGUUUUCUGACACGGGAGAAGAGGAUUAUAACCUAGACGACGGGGUAGAGUUUCGGGUCGGCUACAGGAGUGCGGAGUACCGGAUGAUCGAAUCGGACCAGUUAAAGUACCAUGUGCAGUGCUGUCAAGCUGACAAUGGAUGUCAAUGGAGCCUUCGUGUGGCGUUUCGGCAGAAUCUCAGAUACUGGGAGGUUCUGAGGGUUGGUGGAGCGCACAGUUGUGUAGCACCCAUCAUGUCUCAAGACCAUCGUCAUUUAGACAGCAGUAUGAUCUACAGGGUCAUAUUGCCGUUGAUUCAGUCCAACUCCUCUGUGAGUAUUCCGGUUUUGCAAGGUGCGGUCCAAGCAAGCUAUCACUUCAAACCAUCCUACAGAAAAGUGUGGAUGGAAAAGCAGAAGGCAAUUACACAAAUAUAUGGGGAUUUGAAAGAGUCGUACACUAAGGUGCCCAAGCUGCUUCAGGCACUGCAGAACUGUUUUCUUUGA